AUGACUAUUGGCGCAAUAAAUAAAACCUGGUUUAACCAGGCUCGGUAUAUUCCCCCAGAUGCCAUCUUCGCGUUGACUGCACAGUACGUUGCGGACUCAUUCCCCCAGAAGGUCAACCUUGGCCAAGGCACAUAUCGCGAUGAAAAUGGAAACCCAUGGGUUCUUCCCUCUGUCCGUCAAAGUCGAGACUUGCUUUCGCAGAAGUUGAACCACGAGUAUCUGCCCAUCGUCGGCUUAGCCAGUUUCCGCCAAGAGACUGCCAAAUUGGCCCUGGGUGCAGAGCUGUUCGCGAAGCAGGAGAGUAAACUGGCGACGUGUCAAAGUCUUUCCGGCACCGGAGCCUUACAUCUGGCGGGACUCCUCCUCAGGGCCUGCAGUACAACACUCCCCAAGAUCUAUAUCCCCGAGCCAACCUGGUCCAACCACCACCAGGUGUUUUCGUCCCUUGGUUUCCAGUGUGAAACCUUUCAAUAUUACAACCCAGAGACAAAGGAUCUGGACAUCGACUCCUACUACUCUGCGCUGAAAGCAGCUGAGCCUAACUCUGUCAUCAUCAUACAUGCCUGUGCGCACAACCCGACUGGGUGUGAUCCAACCAAGGAACAAUGGCGGGAGCUUGCCCAAAUAAUUAAAGAGAGGCAGUUGUUUCCUCUUUUCGAUGCCGCUUAUCUAGGGUUCAAUUCGGGCAAUGUGGAUGAUGAUGCCUUCGCCAUUCGGUUGUUUAUUGAGGAGACCAAGCUGGAGGCGGGUGUUUGUCUGUCCUUUGCAAAGAACAUGGGUCUCUAUGGUGAGCGAGUGGGUUGCUUCUUAUUAUCGACUAGUGCAGAAGAAACCGCAGUGAAGACCCAAUCAAUGCUGGAAAUGCUUCAACGGUCUGAAGUUUCAAACCCACCGGCCUAUGGUGCAAGAAUUGCGAGUACAAUUCUCGCCGAUGCCACCCUCAGACAGGCCUGGCACGAUGAUCUGAUCACAAUGAGUGACCGGAUCCGGUCGAUGCGGAAGGCAUUAUAUGACCAGCUGGUGUCUUCCGGGGCGCCGGGCUCUUGGGAGCAUCUCAUUCGCCAAUCUGGAAUGUUUGGAUUCCUUGGGUUAUCUCCGGAUAUUGUGCAGAAAUUGCGCGAGCAAUACCACAUCUACAUGGCGGGUAAUUCUCGGAUAUCGAUCGCCGGAUUGAACGAGCAGAAUGUCGCAUAUGUUGGAAACUCGAUCACCGAAUGCCUCAAGCAGAGCUCAUAA